GGAAAUGAUGAAAAUAGCAUGUUGUUUUAUGCACAGAUUACCCGGCAAACAAACUAGUCGUCGUGGGUCCGGAAGGAGCAGCAGCAACAGCCACAACAUCUACGCCAUCUACAAUGACUCUUCUUUCUUGGGAAUAAGGUUCCUCUUCCACGAUGUCCUCCACACACCCCAUGAUGAUGAAGUAUCUGUCUCUGGGAGUUUUGGUGUUGCAGACCACUUCGCUGGUACUCACCAUGCGCUACUCCCGCACUCUGACGGAAGUCGGCCCCCGCUACCUGGCCUCGUCCGCCGUCGUGUUUGCCGAGGCGAUCAAAAUCCUGGUCUGCGCUGUCUUGGUCUUCGUGGAGAAUAAUUACAGUGCGCGAGCCACCAGGCAGCUGCUGAAGGACGAGAUUGUGAGCAAACCCCUGGAGACUGUCAAGCUGGCCAUUCCUGCAGGAAUCUACACACUGCAGAACAAUCUACUCUAUGUGGCCUUGUCCAAUCUGGAUGCAGCCACGUAUCAGGUGACCUAUCAGCUGAAGAUUCUGACGACGGCGCUCUUCUCCGUCUCCAUGUUGGGAAGGAGGCUGGGAAUGUAUCAGUGGCUGGCCCUGAUCCUCCUCAUGGCCGGAGUCACUUUGGUGCAGUGGCCUACGGCGCCCCAGGAAGAUUCGGAGAUGAAGGCGCUGUCUGCCAGCGCCCAGUUUGUGGGUCUGAUGGCGGUGCUGACGGCGUGCCUAUCCAGCGGCUUUGCCGGCGUCUACUUUGAGAAAAUUCUCAAGGAAACCAAACAGAGCGUGUGGCUUCGUAACAUCCAGCUGGGUUUGUUCGGGUUCAUCUUUGGUACAUUAGGAAUGAUGGCGUACGAUGGCCAGAGAGUUCGACAGUACGGAAUCUUUCAAGGCUACAACACGAUCACGUGCGUGGUGGUUUGCUUACAGGCUUUAGGCGGCUUGGUCGUAGCCGUUGUCAUCAAAUAUGCUGACAAUAUCCUGAAAGGCUUCGCGACCUCCAUGUCCAUCAUCUUGUCGGCGCUGAUCUCCUAUUUCCUGCUGGGAGACUUCAACCCUAGCAGAAUCUUUUUCUCAGGGGCGGCACUGGUGAUCACCGCCACAUUUCUGUACGGGUACGAGCGCAAACCUGCCAUCGGUAGUAACGCUGUUAAAGUAUAAAGGAGAGAAGUCCGACCGCCGGCGAGCACAGUACGACCUUGUCAAGUGUGGGAACAAGAAAAUCUGUUGCUGACUGUGAUCAGACGUGCCCUUGCAUCGCUGCAACUUUACCCAAAGAACAAGAGAACACGCGAUAAGAGGAGAAACGACAUUGGAAGACGAUCGCUCUCAAUGAUAAAUCAUAAAAUGUCUUCUUCCUCUGGCCAAGAUGCAUCGUCGGCACAAGACAUCUGAUCCGUUUGAAGCGGGAGGGUGGCAGCGAGUGAACGAAUCUCACCUCAAAUGGAUUGGACAUCGAGCGCCAAGACAACGAGUUAAGCAGUGUCUCACCAAGCCAUAACUUUACAUUCAAGUGAUUAUGAAUGUUAAUGCACAGUUAAUACCAAAUUACUCCUAUUUUGUCAUACUCACAAUUAUUCGUAAAUAAUAGUCACCUGACUGGAUUGAUUGUAAAUUUGUGAUCAUUUUUGUGUGUUAACUAUUUGAAAAUGGAACAAAUUUGCAAUUGAUCACGAGGUAACUAUUUUUUUUUUUUUUUUUUAAUCUAUAUAUGGCAGAAAACACUAAGGUGACUUGUCCUAUAUGCUUGUGUGAUACAAGAUUGGAAAGCUUAAAAUCUCCAUUUUCUGGGGGAAGAAACAUUUUGGACAGGACGACAUUUAAAAAUAAAUAAAAUGUUUAAAACCCUAAACCCUAUCUGGAGGUGAGAGCAUGAAAGAGCAGAAUUAAAGAUGCCGCGACUUUAACGAGAUAUUAUCGCGUAUUUACCUUGUUCCAAUCCAAAAACUCAUGUCUCACAGAGUGUCGAGACACAGCUAUGAAUGGCCACAGCUGGAUUUUUGGGGGAUUUUAUGGAUGAAACAUGGUAAUAUAACAAGGGUCGCAAUGCAGAAAUCGCAGACAUCAAGGAGUGGCCAAGAUUUUUUUUUUUCAAGUAUUUACCCUUUUAAACAUUUUUUUCAAUUUUUCUUUGUUUAGAUCGAUUUUUUAUCAUCUUAAAUAUCAGGGAAAAUGCGACUGUAACAAACAAACAAAAAAAUACAAUUAAGCUAUAGUUAUGCGGUAGAUAUCCGUGACCUGUUUACAGACAUUAAUUUUUUCAUUGUGACAUUAUUUGUUUAAAAGUUCAGAAUAUACGAGUGAACAAUUUUAUAAAGUUAUUUUUUAAAACUAAUUACUAGACAUCAAUUAAUGAUUCUAAGCUAAAAACGAUAGACAUUUCGAAUAAUAAUUACUUACCUUUUUAUGGCUGGGUUGAAACAAAAGCGGUGUCUGUAAACGGGGGUCGUCUCUGGGGUAAAACUGACAAAUUAAAAAUCGUUCGGGGGCUUCAUGUGCCAUAAAACUGCUAUGGCAGCAUAUAGACAUAUUGUUCUUUCAAACACAACAGUUCUUUUGGACUCAAGUACAGCAGUUUAUUUUAAAGAGGGGUGCAAAAGCAGAAACUGCUUUUUCAGCCUUGUUUGUGUUUUCUGUCAUAUAUACAGUACAUAUAUAUAUAUAUAUAUAUACAGUCUUGUUAAUAACGGCGUUGUUUUUUUCAGUACUGAGUAAUCUAAUGAAUUACUAUUCCCAUUUUUGCAACACCGUUACCGUUACUGAGUGAGGAUGUGAAGGGGUGCAUUACUACAAUUUUGUUGAAUGAAGCGCAAGUUGUCUUAUUUUGUCAUAGCUGCCUGGGAGUGAGCAAAACGAGAGGGGGGUGGUGAUGCCAUUGCAAACGCUAUGAUGAUUGGCUAGGUGCCUCGGAGCAUUAGCAUUUAGCGUGGCGAGCGUCUCGGGCAACUUUUUUUUUUUUUUACAUACAGAUUGUGGCGUCCAGGUGGGUACAAUUAAUUGAAAAUAAUGUACUGUUUUCCUGAUGAGUGUGCAUUAAAAAGCAGUUCAAUU